GCCGGGGCGUUAUCCCGGCGGGGCUGGCCCAGCUAUUCUCCAAGCGAGGAAAUAUUUAACCGCAGCGUCAGCGAGCAGGGCAGGAGGGUGCAGGCAUGGAUAGCUGCGGGCAGCGGCUGGCCCCCACUGUCCCCCCGGCCCAACGGAGGGCUGAGCCUUUGCAGCUUUUGCUUCGUCGCAGCCAGGAAGCCAAAAACUCUGCUUAUUGCCCCUACAGCCGCUUCCCGGUGGGUGCUGCGCUGCUCACCGCCAGCGGGGAGAUCUUCUCCGGGUGCAACGUGGAGAACGCCUGCCACAGCCUGGGGGUGUGUGCCGAGCGCACUGCCAUCCACAAAGCCAUCUCAGAGGGGCACACCAGCUUCAAGGCCAUGGCCAUCUCCAGUAACAUGGGGGAGGACUUCAUCACACCCUGUGGUGCCUGCAGACAAGUGAUGAGAGAGUUUGGCACAGACUGGGACAUCUACCUGACCAAAGCAGAUGGCACCUACAUCGUGAAGAGGCUGGAGGAGCUGCUGCCACUUUCCUUUGGCCCUGAAGACCUGAACAAGGCAUGAGCAGCACGGCCAGCACCAGCCUUUGCCCUUCAGCAGCAGGGGAGAAUGGUUGAGGAUGGUUCUCUCCCUCCCCCCCAGCGUGUAAGGAGCUUUGUGUGGGACAAUGCAAUGGGAAAUGUGUUUGUAGUGCUAAGUUCCUCCCGUUCCUCUCACUCCCCUUCUGAUUCAGCGCUGAUUCGCAGGCACCAGCCCCACCUUGCCGUGGGGAAGCAGCCAAAUCGAGUCAUAGAAAUUCACUUUUCAGGGGAAACAAAAUUGUCCAGGUUGGAGGAAAGGAGCAAGUUUACAGGCUGGGAAGGGGUUAGGGCAUCUCUUGGGCUUCUCAGAAUCACAGGAUCACAGAACAGUGAAGGUUGGAAGUGAUCUCUGGAGAUCAUCAAGCCCAAACCCCUGGAUCACCCAGGGCAGGUGACACAAGAACACAUCCAGGUGGGUUUUGAAAGUCUCCAGAGAAGGAGAUUCCACAACUUCUCUGGGCAGCCUGCUCCAGAGCUCCAGCACCCAUCAGAGAAGGUUCUCCUCAUGUUGAGGUGGAAUAUCUUGAGUUCAUUUGUGCCCCCUGUCCCUUGUCCUGUCGCUGGGCACCACUGAGAAGAGCCUGGCCACAUCCUCUUGCUCCCCACCCUUUAGCUCUUGCUGAGCAUUGCUCAGAUGCCCUCUGGGGCUGCUCUUCUGCAGGCUCCACAAACCACUCUAGAGUGCUGCAAAAUCCUUGCUUGGGAAAAUGCUGAAUGCUUCAGCUCCAAAUGAGAAGCCAAAGCAGCUCCACCGACCCCAGCAGGUGGCCACAAACCAGUUCAAGUCAGGCAAUCCACUGGAGCUGAGUGUGGUCCUCUCCUCGAGUCUCUCCAGUUUGUUUUCUUUGCUUUUCCUGUUUGUGGGAAUGAAGGAGAGGAGUUUUGGGGGGGGGUUCUGGAGGGUUUUCUGUCUCCAGAGCAAUGCCUUUUGCUGAUUGCACUCUUAAUUAGGCACAAUGCAAAUCGAUUGUGUUCCAUUUCCCAGCCAGCACUGGGCUGGGCACCACUGCCCGUGCCCAAGUGAAAUAAAAGCAGCUCUGCACUUUUGGCAAACAGUGAGUUGCAGGGAAGGGGAGAAGGGGUCCUAAGGCUGCCCCACUGCCAGGCAGAGCAGGGAGGCACUUGCUUUGCAGGCACGACAUGACCAGGGCACUGCAUGGCCCAGAGGCAGCAUGCUCCUGCCUUCCCUGGCACGGCAUAGGCCGUGCCCUGCUCCAUGCCCUGCUGUGCACUGGGCUGUGUGCCAGCCGUGCCCAGGGCAGGACUCUGCUCCAUGCCCUGCUGUGCACUGGGCCAUGUGCCAGCCGUGCCCAGGGCAGGACUCUGCUCCGUGCCCUGCUGUGCACUGGGCUGUGCCCCACUGGUUUGUGCCAUGCUGUGUCCAAGCCAUCCCCAGGGUAGUUCUCUGAUCCACGUCCUGUUGUGCACUGGGCUGUGCCCUGGCUGUGCUCAAUUCAUGCCCAGGGUAGUUCCACACUCCAUGCCCUGCUGUGCAUCAGGCCAUGCUCCAAGGUUCACCAGACUAUGCCCUACUCCAUGCCCUGUUGGCCAUCCCCAGGGCAGUUCUAUGCUCCAUGUCUUGUUGUGCACUGGGCUGUGCCCUGGCUGUGCUCAAUUCAUGCCCAGGGUGGGGCCAUGCCCUGCUGUGCACCAGGCCAUGCUCCAAGGUUCACCAGACUAUGCCCUACUCCAUGCCCUGUUGGCCAUCCCCAGGGCAGUUAUAUGCUCCAUGUCUUGUUGUGCACUGGGCUGUGCCCUGGCUGUGCUCAAUUCAUGCCCAGGGUGGGGCCAUGCCCUGCUGUGCACCAGGCCAUGCUCCAAGGUUCACCAGACUAUGCCCUACUCCAUGCCCUGUUGGCCAUCCCCAGGGCAGUUCCAUGCUCCAUGUCCUAUUGUGCACUGGGCUGUGCCCUGGUGGUGCUCAAGGCAGUGCCCAGGGUAGUUCCAUGCUACAUGCCCUGCUGUGCAUCAGGCCAUACCCCACUGUUCACCACUGUGCCCUUCUCCAUGCCCUGUUGUGGACUGGGAUGUGCCCUGUCUGUGCCCAAGCCAUGCCCAGUCCAGUGUCAUGCUCUGUGCCCUGCCCCACACACAAGGCACACUGAGCUGUGCCCUGCUCUGUGCCCUGCAUUGCACAGGGCUGUACCAUGCCUGUACUCUGCUCCAUGCCCUCCUAUGCACUGGGUUG